GAUCAUUGUGGGAGAAAGGCCUGUUCUCAGUGUAGUCUUACUUUAACCCGCGACUUGCUUUCGAGAACAUGAUAAUUUAAACAUUUAUCAAUGAAGGAACACCAUAAUGUCUUCUGAUUCGCGAUUUCUCGCGUCAACUGUAUUAUUUACAGUUUUUUUAACUUUUAUAAGCGGCAAAACGUGGGGUAAGCUGCUAAAAUUCGCCGACAUGGCGGUAGCAGUUGGAGACAGAAUUGAUUUUCUUUAUAAAAAUGGAACGAUAGUUGGAGAAAUAAAAAUUCCGGAAGCUAAAAUGUUAACAGGAGUUGCUUAUGAUGAUGCCACUCACUCUGUAUUUUUCAGUGAUAAUAAAAAUAUUAAUGGUUCUAUAUUUCGAUUUAUCAUCAAUGAUAAAAACGCCAAACCACAACGAUUACUGGAGGCUACCAGUGGUACAUACGUUACUAGUUUAACUUUUGAUUAUUCAUCUCGUACACUUUUUUGGGUUGAUGCUUUGAAACAAACCAUUAUGAAAAUGCAUAUUUCUUUAAAUGGCAUCCCAGGAGAUAGAGAAAUAGUUAUUGACCUAAAGGGAAAUAAUCCACGCACCAUCGCUAUCGAUUCUUGUAACAGGUGUCUUUAUUGGGGAAACACAAAUUCAAAAUAUCCAAGCAUUCAAAGAUCAAAUUUUGAUGGCAGUAAUAAAAUGACAAUAAUUAAAGAUAAUAUUUAUGAUCCAGUGGCAGUAACAGUAGAUGCAACAAAUAGAAAAUUAUAUUGGAUAGAUGAUGAGGAGGGGAUUAACUAUAAAAUUGAAAGAAGUGAUCUUGAUGGAUUGAAUCGUGAAUUGAUUUUCCAUGGUAAACAUCAGCAGCCCGUAUAUAUGACAGUAGAUUUAAAGAAAAUUUAUUGGAUAGAUUGGGUUUACAAUGCAGCAUGGGCGAUAAAUAAAAUCAAAGAAGCUGGAAACACUCCGAUAAAGUUAAAAUCUUAUUAUGAAUUAUCCAAAGAUGCAAAUGCAGUUAGCGUUAUAACUCGUGUUAAUAGUGUAUCAAUCAACUGCAGCACUGACACUCCAAGAAAGAGUAACAAAAUUCCUCAAGAAAACGUUAUUUCUAAUACAAUAUUUAAUAAUCUUACUGCUAGUACAGAAGAAACUGACUUAAACCAAUUUACUAUUAUACACUGCCUUAAUAAUGGUAUAUACAAUAAAGUAGAUAAGUCUUGUUCCUGUAGACCAGGAUUCAAGGGUGCAGCUUGUGAAACUUCUGUAUGCCAUAAUUACUGCCUUGAGGGAAAUUGCACAAUCAAUAUAAAGGGUUUACCUACGUGUAAGUGCAGCAGUUCAUUCAUUGGCCUAAGAUGUGAACGUAAUGUCUGUUAUAAUUAUUGUCUAAACGGUGGAGAAUGUACAAUAAAGAACGGAAUGCCAACUUGCAAUUGCAAAAGUUUUAAAGGAAGUCGAUGUGAGUUAGAGCAACUUGAAAAUAACUCAACCAGCCAAAGGAAUAUAGAAUCUAAUGUAAAUAAUAUAGAAUUUAAUACAAAUAAAUUUUCGGGCACAAAUUUAACUUAUGAAAAACCAACGUCAAUUAACGGAGUUUUUAAUUGUGAUAAUACUAUUCCUAUUUUAUCAACAGUGAUUGUAUUGCUGCUAAUAUUUGUAAUUAUAUUAUCCAUCUAUAUUAGCAAAUUACGACGCAGGCCGAGAAUAAGAAAGCGAUUUAUUUUGAGCAAAGAUGGAACAACUCCUUUGACUAGUAGACCACCAAUUUCGAAUACUCAAUGCGAAAUUACUAUAGAAAAUUGUUGUAACAUGAACAUUUGUGAGACACCAUGUUUUGAACCAAAGUUGAGGAACACUUCUCAAAAAUCGAAGAAAGAUGAAAAGAAAAGUCUUUUGGUUAAUAUGGAAGAUAACAAUAGCUAAUGAAUGAAUAUUGCACAAAAGUACAAAACAUGUAAAACAUUUUAUAAUGUAAAGGAAGUUGUAAUUCUCUUUCUACCAACAGAAUUUUGUUAAAGAAAGUUAUAAAAUAUAUAUAUCAUUUAAUGCGAA